AUGACAAUUGAAAUUCAAGAACCGUACAUUUGCUUUGAGGUUCUUCAGCAUAACCAAUGCAAUGCUUUGGGGGGCGUGGCAAACCAUCAACAUGCAUUUAUUCUGUCGACCAGGAACAUCAACAGUCUCGUACGCGAGCAGGUCAAGCUAAACUUUGGCGACCUCGGUGCCGGCCACAUAGCAUCCGGAUUUCAAGUGAAAUAUUUCAGUUCGCAGACACGAAUGGGUAUCAUUAAGGUUCCGCGGGACCACUGCCAAAUGGUAACAACAGCGCUAACGCUGGCUACGCACAUUAAUAGAUACCCAUGCGUUGUGCGAGUGUGGCACAUCUCGGGCACGAUCAAAAAAUGCCAAAAGGCGGCCAUUCGGACUGAUCGAGAGCUCAUCAUUUCGUGGUACCGGAAUCAACAGGCUAUUGCCAAAGCGGGUGCGGGCCCCGUCGCAGGCGACAGCUCCCUGGCAGCAAUGCUGAAGGAGUCACAGUCGCAGAUAUCGGCAUUAGAGCUGUGAGCUAACGCAUAUACUCGGUGUAUCUUGCGAGCCAGCCGUCAUCGAGACAUGUUGGUAGUAUUGCCCAUCAACUUUAUUAAAAAUGUAA